AUGUUUUCAAACACAGCCAAGGAUUCAAUUUUCUAAGAUGAAAUAGUUUCCUAGGAGAAUAUCUCAUCUCCUCAAUCAAUUGAGAUGGAACCAUUUUCAGAUUUUGAAUCAAAUUAUCACUGUACUAAUUUUUUUUAAUUUAACCCAAUAGUGUCAUUCAAUACCAAAGAAUGUCUGUAAUUUUAAGAUACAGAAGAUCCAGAAAUGAUCUAUAAAAUUAAAGAGGAUGACACAUCCAUUUAAGAAGAGCAAAAUAAAAGAAAAUAAAAAAUUUGGAAUGAUGAAGAGGAUUAGAGACUCAGAUAUUUAUUUGUGCAAUGCCAAGGAAAAUGGAAUGAAAUCGCAAAACACAUGCCUCAAAGGAAUGCUUCUUAAUGUCAACAAAGAUGGAGAAGAAUUAAUCCACCCAAAGAUGUAUUUUUAUUAAAUUAUUUAAUUAAUAGACAAGACAUAUCUGGACGCAGGAGGAAGAUAAUAAAUUAACUUAGUUGGUUUAAGAUAUAGGAAAGUAAUGGAUGAAGAUUGCAAAAUGUAGUUUUAUUAUCUAAUUUAGGUUUCGGCAACAUCACGGGCAAAUAAGCUAGAGAUAGAUAUAUAAACAAAUUGGAUUAAUCUAUAAAGAAAUAGCCUUGGACUUACGAGGAGGAUAUGUUCAUUUUGGAUUAGUACAUUAUCAAUGGCCCUAGAUGGACGAAAAUUUCGAAUCAUCUAAAUGGAAGACCUGUAAUUUAAUGUUUUCUAUUUUUAUAGGAGAAUCAUGUUAAGAAUAGAUUUUAUAGCUUCAUAAAAAGGAAAUACUUGGGAGAAUAGAAUAGAUAUCAAAUAAUAUAUUCUUGAAUUGCUUCUCAUUUUCUCAUCUCAAAAGAAUGAGAAGCUCAAUCAUUUAUUGAGUUAUAUAUAUAUAUACAUCG